AGCCACUGCAAUCUUCAUAAUAUUGGUUUUCAGGCCGUCAGACUUCCGCUGGCAUCCCGGUAAUGCAAACUCACAAAACACGUCAUGUGAUCGCGGCUUGGCUGCGAACGGCCGUUCCCUAGGUGAACAGCAAGCCCAGGUGUGUCGAUGGGCCGUCGUUUUAUGUCGGUAGCUGGGAGAGAACGACGGAUUCCCGUCGGAGAAGACACUUCACAGGCGGCCACUACGUCUGUGACCGUGCGUUGAACCUCCAAGACGAAGUUCACCGUAGGUUUGGACGUCGCCCGCCGUGGCCACGUAAGUCGCGAAUCGAGUUCCGGGGUAGCAGCUGGUCAGUGACGUUGACUAGGCCCCCCCAUUCAAUCGCCGGCGGCUGCCUCAUUCAAUCUCCGGAGGCAGCCCGACGACUAUGGGCUCUCGUGAACUACUUUCGUCGUCGAUACAGGGGCCCCGGAGCUCUUGACGUGCGCGCCGUCCGCCAAAUGGGCGCGGACAAUGGAGCUUCGAGUGCCUCUCCUCGAUAAUCGCGAAUCCGGGGCCAACCCGUCCUCGAUAAUGAAGAUGCAAGAUUGGGUGAUGAGCUCCGGCCGUUUGCCGACGGCCUACCGCAUCGGCAACUCGACGCUCCGCUGCCAGGUCAACUUCGUCGUGGCCGUGGCGCUCAUGGGCAUAACAUGCCUGCUGCUCAUGUACGCGCUGCUUCCGUGGGGCAAGUACCACAUCGUCGAGGACCACAUCGACGGUCCGGGCCACGAGCACGGCCACCAGCACAUCCUGAAGGAGUACCUGCCGUACAACUCCACCUACCCGCUGACCAAGCCCAUCGUGUACGGUCGCAAGGUGCGAUACAAGAUCGCCUGCAUCACCGACCUGGACACCGAGUCCAAGCUGAAGGGGACCGAGAACACGUGGGUGAGCUACCUGAAGGUCGGCUACCUCGUGGUCGACAAGACCAUGAGCGAGGUGAGCAUCGAGUGGGAAGAAGGCAUGACCAUGCUCAAGGGACAGUUUGCCAUGGGCGGCCGCGGCAUGGAGCUCUCCGAGCUCGUGGUGUUUAACGGCAAGCUCUACACCAUGGACGACAGGACAGGAGUGGUGUACGAGAUUAGGGACAACAAGGUGAUACCGUGGGUGAUGCUCACCGACGGCAAUGGAGAGGCACCGAAAGGCUUCAAGAGCGAGUGGGCGACGGUGCGAGAAGGCGUCCUGUACAUAGGUGGCCUGGGCAAGGAGUGGACGAACAGCAAGGGUCAGGUGAUCAACCACGACCCCCAGUGGAUCAAGGUGGUGACCCCGGGGGGCCGCGUGGAGCACCGCGACUGGCGGGACAACUACCGGCGGCUCUGCGAGUGGGCAAAGUACGGAGCCCCAGGCUACAUGAUUCACGAAGCCGUCGCAUGGAGCCAUCGCUUCGGCGAGUGGUUCUUCCUUCCGCGUCGUGCGAGCACCACGGCCUACAAUGAAGUGGAGGACGAGGAGAAGGGCACCAACCUCAUGCUGCGCACGGACCCCCAGUUCGCUCGUGUCCAGGUGACGAAGGUCGGACCGCUUUUGCCGACCCACGGCUUCUCGUCGGUCAAGUUUGUGCCGAGCCUGACGCGCUCGGACCAGGACAGCCUCCUCCUCGCUCUCAAGUCAGAGGAGUACAAAGGAAAGACUGCAUCGUACAUCACUGUGAUUCGCGUUGAGGACGGCAAGGUGCUCUACCCCGAGACCAAGAUUGGCGACUACAAGUUUGAGGGGGUUGAGUUCGUCUGACGUGACAGACGGCUUAUUGUUGUUCAAGUGUUAGUUUGUGUAGUGCUGUUGCUUCGUGAAGCCGAUAAAGGUAAAAUUCGUAUGCUGUUAAAUAUUUUAAAUGGAUUUCGUGCUCCAUCAACCUUGCUUCUUGCUUUCUUUUUGCUUGAUAUUGCAGCAGAAAAUUUACUUACCGCCGCACAAUUGCUUUCGACCAUAGUACCAAUUAUACCAAAAAAAAUCUGAAUGAAUUGUAAGUGGUAUUUGACAUGUGGGACUCGGAUUAUUGAUUAUGUAGAUGGAUUUUAUGUGAUCACUAGCCUGUGACUCACUACAUGAAAAAGGACAUUUACUUGCUCGUUUGUCAGUAGCAAAUGCUCCAUAUACCAAAGCAUGUUCUUUAAUAGCAUUUGUGCAGAGCCCUGCCUUUAUCAGCUUCACGUAGCUGUGUCCAGAGAAGCGUUUGUGGAAUCCUUGCUUCCAACACACCGAGGCAGUUUAGCUUGCUGACAUAUAAUUUAAAUGAUGCCGAAAGCGUGUGAUGCUUAUGGCUGCUUCAAGGAAGCAAUUCACGAAGUUCUCUGGCUACAUGUUUAAUUAAUAAUCGUUUAGAGAGAAAACAUGCUGCUGUGGCAGUUUAUUACCAUUGUUUGUCACGCCAUGGUAGCUUUGCUUCAAGGGAUGGGUCUUGCUUCGUGAAGUUCAAAGUGCGAGGAAACGGCCACCGAUGUAUGUUUAAAGUGAAAGGGAAACCUACCUUCGCUUUUUGAGUGGGAAGGGUACAAAUAUUUUUUUUUUGCCUUUGUCCAUUCGGGUCGGUGAAACUUUUUCUAGUCAUUGUUUCCUAGCUUCCUGCGUGCUUUUCCCGUUGCAUAGCAUUAAGCACAGAGCCUUGACCUUUUAUUUGAACUUGGCUGCAGCUUCUCCAGUUUGACGCAAGAAGAGGAUUGAAAUCAGUGAAAUGCUUUGGAAAUUUCUGGCUUUGUUCUAAUGGCAGCUAUGCUAGUACUAACAAGGGCGCAGCUUGUCAGUAGUGUUCUUGAGAUCUGUUAUGCGACGCCCUGUCACAGGUACCGGUUUUACGCUACCGGUUUUAUGCAUAAAACAACUGAGUAGCGUCAGGGUUACCUUUAGGGACCGAGGUUUGGUACUUUAUAACCUGUAGUUUACCCGCUUGUCGGAAAGUCUUCAGAUCUGUUAUGGGACAUUCUGUCACUAAAAGCCUUACAAUCACAGUAACAGUUUUACGCAUAAAACAGCUAAGUAGUUUCAAGGUUUUCUUUGCCAACUAAGGUUCAGUACUUCAUAUUUACCCACUUGUGACAAACUCUUGAAUAGAUGGGGUCUUUUGCGUAGAAAGUAAUACAAAUAUUCUUGCUGCUUUAUUAGGCCAAGUGGUGUUCAUUUCUCUAAUUGGCCUUGCUUCUCAGUGUAAUGCGCAUAUAGUAGCUUGUUCAAGGCAAACAAACUGAUGCUGGAACUGCAUUUGUUUAUGUACAGUUGGCGUCAAAAGUUUCUACAAUGUGGCUUUCACAAGAAAGCCGCACUUCAGCAGCCCAGUUUUUGGUUGCUGCCUGUAAAUUUAGUACAACACUCUGUUCGUUGUGUACGCUAGUGCAAGUCAAAUUCCAGGCUGCAUGUCCAGGAUCUAGAAAGUAUUAAACUUUUUCUCAGAUUCUACACCCCGUAAACUUCCGACGCCUACAGUACAGAUGAUUUGAGAUGGAUUGUCAUUCAUGUGCCGAUGUUAACUUGCCCGUUGAGUACUGUGUGCCUUUAACUGUCCAGUACAGGAAACACAGGUAACGUCAUGUAAGACAAGCAUGAUGUGCUUUGCUGCCUGUAUCAGACCCGAGUGGAGAGAGAUCUGUGAAAUAUUGUUUUGAAUUUGACAUGUGCUUAGGUUUGUACAGAAGACGUUGAUCAAAAGGUACUUGUAGCAUAUUCUGUUUUCAGGCUGUCUACUUGCAGGAAAUGGGGCACAAAAUGCGUCGUUCCUUGUUCUCAUCCUUUCUUGUUAUUUCUACACAACAUAUCAAGAUGUGCAGGUGCCCACGAAGUUGUCGGUGUACAGAGGCCGUGGAAAAGCUUGCCUAUUAUGUCGGAUUACUGUUCCUCAAGUAUCCUCGCAGCUGUGAGGAUAUUCUAGCAGUAUGUAAUCCGGGCCCUGAAUAGCAGACACAAACAUGUAUUCAACACCCAGAUAUUGCAGUGGUUAGCUUCUUCAUUCAUUCAUGUUGUGCUUCCUUCCAUAAAACAUGCCUGUGGUGUCAGCCAACCACGUGAUAAUGACAAUAGAUAAAAAUGAUAAAGGUAGUUGAUAAUAGCAGACAUUUUAAGAAAGAGAUAGAUACAUGGGAAUAUAGUUGUGCCAAAAUGUGGCCCCAUGAAUUCAGGAUUAGUCCACUUUCAUAUGCAGAGUGCACCUGUAAAUGUCGAGCUGCACCAUUCUGGCACUGAGAGUUUUUAUCAAAAGCGAAGCUUUUCUUUGCGAACCGUGCCGGGUUUCUUGACCGUGUUUGCUGCGGCCUGGCUGUGUUCUCUUGCCGAAUAGGCCAAUCAAUCGCAGUGAGGUAAGCGCGCCGCCGGGUUUUUUGCACCACUACCAGAUGACGCUCGCAGCUGUAGCACCGUAAAGCCCCUCUAUAUAAAACUGCUCACCCCGGCAUUUCCUCCCAGCCUCCUCCGCUCCCCCAUUGGUCAAUCCGUGUCACGUGGAAGCAGGCAUCGCACUUUUGUAUAUAUUUUUCUUUCCAGCACGCUCCGACCGCCAUUCUCGGGCCUGUGCGAUGAAAGUGCUGUACGCACAAACGGAUCAAACAUGUUAGGGACAAGAACUUUGUUGUGAUGGCAUGCUGCUGCGCCUUCAGUUGCCGCAACUGACAAUGCGAGGGCAAAAGCCUUUUUUUUUUGUUUAUCAUCCAGCGAGCACAAACGCUUGCUGCACACUUGGUAUUUGCGCCAUCUCGCAUCGUCGCGUUGCUACUUCCAAAACGGCUUUAUUAAGGCCAAUUACUGACUGACGAAGCAAAAUUGCGCCACAAAAACUGCUCAGCAGGGCGCGAUCGAAGUUUUCCGCGGAUUUAAUCUGGUAGCGCGUUAGCCAUCGUCUGCUACGGCAGGGUCGACAUGAGCGGCGCCACUGUCGAGAUCGCGCAUCGAUUGCUCCGGCCGCGCCGAGUGCGACAGUGGAACGGAGGAGGAGGGAAGUGGUUGGCGCUACUUUUUAUAUAGAGGGGCUUUAGCAGCACCAGCCGUGCAGGGGCAAGCAAGAAAAAUAACCAGAAAGCCCGCCUUCGUGCAUCCGCGUCAUUGCAUUAGCCUCUCUACAAUGCCUGAAUAAAGCCUUGCGUGUUACUUUGUGCGGACAUUCAGUAGAGACAAACUCGCGUUUCCGACUCUUUAUGCACUCACACAAAACUUCGCUGUAUGUAGAUUCCAAAUCGUUGGAUCUGCUGCAUUUUUUUUUCUUUCUUUCUUUGUCUAUCUUUUUCUCUUGGCUUUUGUAUUUAAAGGACUUCUGCAGGCAGAUGCACACAUAUUGAGAACUGCUGAACACUAUGGAACCACAUAAUGUGUGAUUUGUAUUGAAGUUUGUCUUUUUUCUUAAAUUUGGAUGGUGAAAAGUGUAGUAGUAUUCUUUGUAGGUGCUUGUUUGUAAGAAUUCCAGCAAUAAUGACAUUUUGUGACCUUUCUUGCCCCCCCCCCCUCCCCCCUGCUUUUCUUCUUUAAGGGGGGAAUGCCAGUCCUACAACUUGCUUUUCUGUGACCGAUUUGAAAGAAUUUUGUACUGUGUUUUUGAAAUCUUACGCUAAAUUCAAGUGCAUGGUGGAAAGUGAUUUGCCCUGUUGAGUAGGCAAGGUUGGCACUCGUUUUAAAUAUUGGCAGAUCUGAUGCGAAUGCGAGCUGUAUUUCACGAAAAUAAUAACAGAUGCAUUAUAUACUUUCUAAAGAGUCUAAGAACGUAGUCUUCAAGACUUAUUUUUUUCUUAAUUUUCAGCCACGAAUGUCCCUGUCUUCCCCCACACUCACUUUUGUAUGAAACUUAAAGUAGGCACACCUUAUGUAAAGUUCAAUUUGAGAGCACUUUUUUUUUUUUGUCUUUUCUGACUGCAUAGAAAUCGGUGCAUGUGUUGUGCUCAUAUUCACUCCAGCACUUGCCCAAUUACCACUUUUUAAUUUCAGCAACAGUGUUACUUGAGCAGGACUCGUGGUUGAAAGGCUGGGCAGGGCAAGAUGGACAACCAGAAAGACCAAAGCUGCAGUGCCGUCUUUCCAGCUUUAGUGUGGAGACUGAUCUCGCUAUGCCUGCUUCUACUCCCUCCCUGCCUCUAUAUACUACAACUUUCUUAUUGUCUUCUAAUCACCUUAUCUUCCCAUGACCCUUUAGUCUGAGGUUCGAGCUGCUCGAUGCAAAGAAACCAGCUUCACUAUGAAAUGUACUGAUCAACAUUUUUAUGCACAGCAUUUUUAUGUAUCUCAAGCACAGCUUCUAUGUUCCACUUGUCGCAUUCCUGAGGGAAAAUGCUCAUGUAUGGGUAGCAAAACUGAUGUGCUUGAUGGCACAUAUUUGUUGUAGUGAAGAUAAUUAUGUUGCGGUUCUUGUUUCAUUGCGCAAUUGCAUAGAGAGCAAAGCCAGUAACCAGCACAUCUGUGGUGGUAGUAUAGAUGGAUGCCAUGUGCAUCUGAAAGAAUGGCAUGUGCAUCUGAAAGAGCUUUAAUAGUUUGCGUUCAGCGACAAAUGCGUGCCGCAACUCGGUCGUGUAGAAGCAUGCCCCCUUUGCGUCGGCGCCUUUGUACCGAAAGAAAGCUAUUUGCUUUGAAAAAAAAAUGGAAGGAAGUAAAACACAUUUUCAUUUAUUAUCAGCAAGUCUACCAGGAACUGCCGCUACCUACAUCCUUUACGACAUGGAUCAGAUUCUCCUUGAGAUCAGUUUAUCGAACGCUGUGAUUGACGCCAAUGCUGCGGUGUCAUCCUUUCUAGAAAACUCUCAUCUCUUGUUGGUGUUGUAUGCACUUCCAGUCAAGUGCAAUCAACUUGCCCAAACAUGUACGCUAGUUUAGUGUAACUUACUCAAAGUAUCAUCUGGACACUUUCACGAGAACCUAAAAACGUGGAUAAGCUCGCAAUCUGGUUGCAACUCUCAAAAACGACUUUUGGAGCUCUUAACGCAGGGGCACGCUGAAAUUGCCUUUGCAAAGUUCUAGUCACCACGUUGCAGCAGGUGUUUCACCAUUUGCAUUUGUUGUAGGGUUUGCAAACAGGCUGCCACACAGCCUCUUGUAAGCACGACCUUGGCCGGGAUAAUGUAAAGAUUUUAUUCUAAUGGCUAUUUCUUUUGCACUUUGUCAGUGGUCCGAGUGGCGUUCUACCUGUGUUAUCACAGGUAACAGAUGGCCCUGAAAAGUGAAUGAUAGGUAAUGAAUAGAACCGAACGAAAGGAAUCCUUACACUAUACUGGCCCUUGUUUGUUGUUUCAAUUGCAGUGUUUUAAUUGCACAUGAUGUUAACACUGGCUGGAGCACGUUAUGGUCAAUGUGUGCUAGCAUGUGCAAGCAUUGGGCUGGUGUUAUGAACCACCUCAACUGAGAAGUCCCGAAUUGUUAAAACGAAUUGCUUGUUGGAUUGUUUGUUGGAUUGUGUAACUUACCUGAAUUUUUCAUCUUUUUUUAAACAUUCAACACUAUCUUUUUUGUGUAAUCAAACAUAAACAUAUUUUAAUGCUAUUUUCCUGUUUUGCAUUCAGGCACUGGCUUUCUGUUUUGUUGCUGCUUUAAUGGUUUGAUUAGCCAUAGUUAUAAAUAGUAUUUAUGCAUUUUGCCUUUAGCCCACGUGGUACAGCUUAGGUGUGAACGUUUUGCUAACAAUGGUAGCUAUGUCAUUCACUUAAACCACUUCAGUGCAGACGUUUGGGAUGGCUUAGGCGAUCUUUGAGUACAGCCCUUGGGGCUGUGUUGUCAUCGUCAUGUCAUACCUGAAUGACUAAAACAUUGCAACAGGAAUGCACAUCCAUCAGUCAUAAGCUGCUUUUCGAGGUUUCAAAAGCAGUACAUGUUUUUUUGUCUUUAUACUUGCUCACUUGCUGGCCUCCACUUGCCAAGGUCGACCUUGUGCAGUUUUUUGAAAUGUAAAGUGUGUACUUUGUUUAGUACUUAUUAGCAGGCAGUGCUGUGCAAGUCAGAGCAACUUUUCACACUGUCUUCACCUGGUGGCCAAAAGAUAACACAUCCGAUAUUAGAAGCAAGAGAUGUGGAAAAGAAUGUGUUGUUCCACGUAACAUUGACCCCAUAUGUUGCAGUUGUAAUAGCUGAAAAGUUGUCACAUUGAUCCAAGACACUUCUUAAUUAGACAUGCAGAACAAGCAUCCUUUUAUGACCACUCUACACGCAUUAUUACAUAAUGUGAUUUAAUGAAAUGUUGACUCUGUACAUAACUGUAAUAGGCUAAGUUAUCACGUAGAUGACAUUGCGGACCUUGACGACUUCACAAGGAAGCUUGCAAAGAGGUGCAUUUUUAUGAUUGGAUUAGCCACACAUUAUCCUCAGCAUUGCCUGCUAAGAAAGAAAUGGAGUAGUACAGAUCAAUGCCCAGUGUUUUUCAAAUCUUACUACAUUUCAUCAUCAAACUUUGACAUGUUUCAACACAGACAUUGCAAUUCAUAGUGCUCUCUGAAGGCUGCUGCAAAUUUAAUCAUGGUAUAGCCCCUGCCCUGACAUGAAUAAACCUUUUGUACAUUACAA